AGACACAAGCCGUUUGUCCCUCCUGUCAAGGUGGUCGGCGAAUGACCCACCCUAGGCAAGCUGAUUUUUUUCGCGCCCAAGUCGCGAAGCUGCGUCGCAAUCGCUUCUAGAAAGCUGUUUUUCGUGUACUAGAACGUACCGCGAGAGACCUGAGGGCCAGUUGGACCCUCCGGAAGUCGGCAACGCGCGAGCGGGCGGCAUCGGGUCGACACGCUUGGACGACUGAAAAACCCGUUGAACGUACUUCAAAUUUUUAUCGUUCUGCGCGACGAAAAAAAACGAACGCCAUGGACUGGACCGACGACAGACUCGAGGAAAUGGACGAAGAAGAAGAAGAGGAGAUGUUGGACGCCUAUCUCAUCCCGAAAGAUGUUCAACACGAACUGUUUGGCCCUAGUUUGGACGACUACUUGGAAACAAGCGGGGCGUGUCAGCCGAAACGGGCUAGAUCGAAGAACAAAAUUCCGCCACACGUCGCGAAAUUGAUGGGCGAGGCCAACAUUUUGUACGCGCAGGGGGACCAUGAGGCGGCCAAGGAAGUGCUCCAACUCGUCAUUAGCAAUAAUGCGAACAUUCCCAGCCCCUACCACACGCUGGGCCUGAUAUGCGAAGAGAGAGGCGAAAUCAGCGACGCAGCUCAAUUUUAUAUGCUGGCAGCAGAAUUGUCUGGCAAGAACCCCGCGCUUUGGAAGAGAACGGGCGCAAUGUUCGUUCAAGUGAACGACUAUGAAAGGGCAAUUACGUGCUAUGGUCGAGCGAUUAAACAGGACCCGAAGGAUUUCGAAAGCGUCUAUCAAAAGGCUAUGGUGUACGAGGAAAUGGGAGAAUUAAAACAGGCGGCGUCUGAAUUCUGUCACCUUUUAGAAAAGGCCCCGUCAGUGCUGGACGCCUACAAGGAACUGGGGAGAAUCUACUACACGUUGGGCGAGAUGCAGCAGGCAGCCGGGGUGCUAAAGCAGGGGUACACGGUUAUGACAGAGGGACACAGCGCGUCGCAGAGAAAUGAAGAGGUCGACUUCGAUUUGAUAAAUAUGUACGCAGAAUGCAAAAUGAAUUCCGGGGAAUGGAGGGAAGCAUUGGAAGUUAUUGAUUAUGCCGAAAGCAGAAGAGGCCUGGGUCCGCUGCUCCUUCAGCUGAAUGUCAAGAGAGCCAUUUGCAACACUUAUUUGGGAAACACGACCGAUGCACGGGCUCAUAUCAAUUAUCUUCUAGACCAGCCCGUUGAGCAAUGGCACGAUUUGUAUCUUGAGAUGGCGGAAUGCUUAGUUGCGUGCAUGGACUUCAGCCAGGCGCUGCUGUUCUUUGACAGCUUGCUACAAGUCAAAGAGUACAACGGUGUGGCACUUUGGAUGCAAAUAGUUCAUUGCUACCACUCUAUGGGAAAUAUCGAGAAGGCCAUCCAAUUUUGCGAAAGGGCCUUCGAGAGCGACAAAACCAACGUCGACGUUUGCCUCACCCUGUCGGGGCUUUUCCACCAGGCGGGGUCUCCGGAGAAGGGAAUUCAAGUGGUUGAAGAGCACGACGCGUGCUUGAAAAACAAAUCGGCGGUUGAGGAAGGCGCACCAAAAGCUCGAGGCCUAGCGGAGCCAGAAACAGGCCACCAACCGAACUUCAGCCUCAGAGACGAACACUGCACAGAACCGGACUUUCAAGACCGAGAAAAAGAACUCCGAAUUUUGCUUCAAAAAGCGCGUCUUAUGUAUGCGAGAAAAAACUAUGAGGAAUUUACAGAUAUUCUAACGGAAAUUUUUCAAGAUCGGUCUUUACUUUUUUUUCGACAACGUCGGCGAAUCACUCGGCGCAUAUUUCCGAAUGAGACGACCAAAUGGAUUCCAACCGCUAAAAGGCACAAAUCCAAAGCGUUCAAGAGGCCUUCCGGCGCAGGCAUCGAGGAAGGCGAGAACUCGGAAGCGAAUCAACCUCCUGCCAAGGACAAACUUUGCUCGAAUAUGCUACCAGACUUUGAAAAUUCGGAGCACCCGGCGAGUCCACUUGAAAGCGAGUGGCCCAGACCGGUCGCGGAUGACGUCGCGGAAAACAACGCGACGACUUACGAUAUGUCCGUUCGAAAAAAUAUAUGGGAGUUAGUCGGCAUGUCUGCUUUCGCUCAAAUUCUAAUGGACUACGGGAAGUGCUUGAUCUACCUUCAAAGGGCGAACAAGGACACGUUUUUGUUGAUAAAAACCUUGUACGACCUUAUCCUAGAGGAGGUCGCUUUCAUAGAGGUCACAGACCAUGUCGCGAAGGAGCUGCGCUUUGUCGUCGCCAAGACCGCGUACGCCUCUGGCAUGUAUGACACCAGCACCUCUUUGAUGCGACAAAUAUGCGCGAGCUACCCGAAUCACCAAUCGGUCUGGAACUUCUUCUACAAGGCGACUUCUAAAUCCAAGAAAUUUUUUUUGUCUCGAGGUUUUGUGCUUCGGUUGCUGAACAAGCACCCGUCUUGCGUGCCCUUGUUGCUGCUAUCCGGACACAUGUCGCAAAUGGCGGGUAGCCACCGCAUGGCGCUAACAUCUUAUAUCAGCGCCUACGCCCUGCAACCGAAGCAGCCGCUCAUUCUGCUGUCUACGGGCGUCGCGUUUCUCAACUUGAGCACGUCGAGGAAAAACCCUAACCGUCACGAAACGGUAAUGAAGGCAUUCGCCUUCCUCUACAGCUACUUCAUAGAACAAGUCUACGGAACGGGAAACGGAACGCACGAAGCCAACUAUAACCUAGCGAGGGCAUUCCACCACUUGCAGCUGUACAACUUCGCUAUUCCGCUGUACAACUUGGUCCUCUCUGAUUCAAAACCAGCUGUCGACUUCGUCUCCGAAAGUCACGGCAUCAUCGGGCACCUGAAAAGAGAGGCCGCCUACAAUCUGUCUCUGAUAUACAGGUCGUGCGGGGCGCACGUCAUGGCAAGGAAAUGCCUGCAAGACUAUCUGACUAUUUAGCUGCAGUCGCGAACAAAAAAAAAGCCGUCGUCCCAAAGCGCGACCAAGAAGAGCGCAGAGAACAGACUGAACCGCGAAAUGGCCACAAAUGCUACGUUUAGACCACCUCUCGAAUCGCCGCCUCAGUCUUGUUCGUCCGCGCAUGCACGCACACUACACACAAAAAUCGUACGCACUUGAGCGUUUGAGGCAAUACACAAAAAAAAAUGCCCGUGUCGGCCGGACAAGCUGCGCCUCAGACAGCCAUGUGACGGAACGACCAUAACCCCCACAAGCCACUUGCCGCGCACCAUCCCGCUGAUCGGAUGGCGCAAUGCAUUUUGAAGAGACGACCUUUAUUAUAUAUAUUGUCGCACAGUGCACUUAUGUACUACUAUUGUUCUCGUUUCUGCCCUCACGGACGCGGCUGUACACUAUUUUGCGCUCGAGGAAAAAGUCUCUGCGCACAAGAACUGUGCAAAAACACCAAGCAUUUCCCGGCUCUUGUAACACGGAUCCACGACUCAAAAGCGAAACUGCUUCUUGCAACUGUCAAUUUUCAAAAAGGCCUUCAAGACAGUGACUAUUCAGAACGUCCUCGCACGUUGGACCGCAUCUGCGUGUGAUCUGAUCCGAUAAAUGGCGUUCACUUGACCGCGCUUUCGAUACAGACCGGCACUAAAAUUUCAGCAAAGUCUUCCAAUAAAAUAGUGACCGCAACUUGUGAAAGCUGAA